GAACGCCUAAGAGCGCUCCAAGAGCGCCCCAAGAGCGCCCCACGAGCGCCCCGUCCUACCUCUCGCAAAAACGCGUCGCAAGCAGGCGAUCGCCGCGAGACGCCUCGACCCGACUCCGAACGCCAGCGCGCGAGCGGCCCUCGCGGCAGGGCGUGGUUGCAACGCACCCCGCCCAUUGGAGCACCUCGCGCGCACGACAUUGGAGCAUCCGCAGGAAGAACGUGGAGAAUGCUCCCCGCUUUAGCGGGAGUUCGGUGAAUGGGCCAAACAGGGCGACGUUCCGGGGCUGGCGGGUUCUGGGCCCCUUGGGGGCAUCUAUCUUGUUCGACAUUGCUGGGUGCUUUGAACGGUCGCAGGGCAGGGAGGAGCUACCAGGGGGUUUGUUUCGAUGAGGUCCGCGACCAGUCCCACAAUCACAACAAAACAUUCGGAUCUGCAUUGCGAUUCCAGAGGGUAUCAUGGCAUACGUUCUGGCCGACACGUGGCCGCUAAGCAUCCCCGGCGCCGACAAUUACAUUAUCGCCAGUGCGGCUCGGAUACGUUGGGAAGAGCAACUUGCGAAAUAUGUGUUCCCUAGACAAUGCGGGCUCCUACCGAAACGAUCCAGCCUGGCCAAUCCUCUGGACGUGAACACUUCCAGCAUGAUCGCGUCCCUCCAGCAAGACAGCGGGGCCUGUUUCCUGAUGGACUUUGCUUCGGCGUUCUUUUCGAUAUCAGAGGAGUUCAUGGUCGCCGCGUUACUGUCGAUCGGCAUGCCGGCCCAGGCCACGUGUGCCAUCUACGCUCUGUGCGCUGAUUCGAAUUGCAAGGUAAAGCACGGCGCGGGCCAGGCGACGGGCUUUCAUGUCAGCAGGCGUGAGACCGGGUUGGCCGUUCUCGCCGCUUCUCUACGCCACAUCCGCAGAGCUGCUCAUGGAGCGCAUCGAGCAGGAGUGCCCUGACACUCUUGUUUGGGCCUGCGCAGAUGACGCAGCAGUGGCGCUCGCGGGUCACCAGCAAGAGGCGCCAGUUGACAAAAGCAUUUUAGAGAGUGGACCAGCAUGCUGGUGGCAGAC